AAUAUGGUGGCCAAUGUGAAAUUUCAGGAUUGUUUUGUUGUUCGUAUUUGAACGCAAAUUUCGUGAUUAUAUAUAAAACAGGAAGAGUGCAGAUUUUCAUUGUAAGGAAGUAAAAGUAAUAUUGUAAGGUUUGUAUAUGUGAAUUUACUGUUUUAAUAUCUGCUAGACGGUUUAUUAAUGAGGUGAUACGAGUGAACUUUACAGGGAGUAGGAGACUAAAAUUAUAUAAACUCUGGCCCAUGUUUUGAAGUGAAAGGUGGCGGACCAUGGAAAGUGCCCUGUAGGUCUGCCCCAGACUACAGAAGGUUGACUUCUUGGUUAUGCCUGUGAUUUUGGCAUAACUGUUGCAAUGCUGUCACCAUAUUCCUAACCAGUGUGCUUUUUUAUAUGAGAGGCAUUCACCCGCCUGAAAAUAUUAAAAAGGGGUGAAUACCUCUUAUAACCGCACUGGCUAGGAACAUGGCAGCAGCGACCUUCGUUUGAGUCGACCUUCUGUAUGUCUCUAUUCUGUGCCCCAGACCCUGGCAUGAAAAUUUAGUGCAAAAUGUCAGCCUGUUUUGUACGUACAGGGCUACAACAGAACAGAUCAGCCUAUUGGCUCAUUUGGCUGCCAUUUUGGAUUUUUUUUGGCAGAAUUUUGGAACUUUAGCAUGGAAAAGUGUUUGGAAUAAGUUGGGCAAAAAGGUCAGGCAACUUUGUUUUUGUCCCCCCUAAUUUUUCCCCUCCUGUAUGCCGAUGCUUAUAACAGUGUGUGAUGGAGAAGAAAACGGCUGAAAAAGAUUUUAAAGUUGAACGGGAUGAAGAAAUGGAGGAAGAUGAUGUCGAAGGUGAUGAUGAAGGACAACUUGAGAUUCCAGAGGACAGCGAGAAAUUAGAUGGAAAGAAAAAAGGAAAAGGAAAGAAAUCUGGGAGAACGAGUUUGAGUGGACGUGGUGUCACCCUUAAGAUGUUGCUUGAUGAUGGUGUGUUGAUGGUUGAAGAAGGAUGCAUGUCUAUUGACUAUCUGGUUAGUAUUACUAUAACUGUGGGGUUGCAAGCUGUGAAGGUCAAUACCCAAUGCAGGAUGCAUGUCUAAAUUGACUAUCUGGUUAAGCCCCGUUUAAACAACCAAUUUUUAUGUGACAAUUUUUCAUAUUUUUAUGUGACAAAUGUAUUUGGUUAUGUAGAUGAGACAACAAAUAAUUGUUGAUUGUUGUUUAAAAAAUAUCUAUGAACCACGGUAUCUCGCGCAAUAAAACUACAAUUAUAUUUUUACAAAUAUGGCGUGAGAAAAAAUAUGACAUUUUAUGUGACAAGUAAUCUACACAAGCAAUUUUUCGUAUGUGACAACUUUUAUUUGUCACAAAAAAGCUAACACGCUAGUUUUUCAGCAACUGUAUUUGCCACACAAAAAUUGCCCAAUUUUCCUCGUCUACACAAGCAAAUAAAAAUUGUCACAUAAAAAUUGUCACAUAAAAAUUGGUCGUGUAAACAGGGCUUUAGUAUUACUGUAGCUGUGGGAUUGCAAGUUGUGAAGGUCGAUACCCAAUGCAGGAUGCAUGUCUGUUGACUAUCUGGUUAGUAUUACUGUAGCUGUCGGGUUACAAGCUGUGAAGGUCAAUACCCAUGCAGGAUGAAUGUCUGUUGACUAUCUGGUUAGUAUUACUGUAGCUGUGGGAUUGCAAGCUGUGAAGGUCAAUACCCAUGCAGGAUUGUCUGAUCUGGUUCAAAUAUUCUGAUUUUGUUUUAAGGGUCAAAGAUUUGUUGCGGAUCUGUUACCAAGUGGCAAGAUCAAAUGGGAAGGAAGUGACAAACUAUUCAACUCUCCGUCAGCUUGGGCUAUACAUUGUAAGAAACUUGUUAAUCCUACCAAGAAAUCUGGUUGUGGCUGGGCUUCCGUAAGUACAAAUGACUUGUUAGUAAGUAAUGCUCAACCAAGGGCACUAUUGUUCAUUUUCCAGGGGUAUUUAAUUUGAACAAAUUUGGUGACUAUCAUUUCAGGUGAAGUAUAAAGGAAAGAAACUGGAUCAAUACAAGUCAACUUGGUUUCGAAAACAAAGACCUUUGUUCCAGUCAGAUAAAGCAGCUCCCAGUACACCAGUCACUGUAAGGUUACUUAUAUCUUAAUUAUUGUAUGUCAU